AUGGCGGAGCCACCAUCGCAGCUGAUGCAGAAUCUGAAAGAGAACAAGGUCUUCAAACUGGCCUUUGCCGUGGCCGGAAUCAUGGCCACACUUCUUAUAUAUGGAGUAUUGCAGGAAAAGAUUAUGAGAGUUCCAUAUGGUCCCGGUAAAGAAUAUUUUAAGCACUCAUUAUUUCUCGUCUUUUGCAACCGGAUCGCUACAUCGGCUGUAUCUGCUGGAGUCCUACUGGCAAGUAAAAAGGCAUUGGACCCUGUUGCUCCAAUUUACAAAUAUGGUGCUGUAUCAGUGUCUAAUAUACUCACUACAACUUGUCAGUAUGAGGCCCUUAAAUAUGUGAGUUUCCCUGUGCAAACACUGGCAAAGUGUGCCAAAAUGAUACCUGUAAUGAUUUGGGGCACUUUCAUCAUGCAAAAGAAGUACACUGGACGUGAUUAUCUAUUUGCCUUAUUUGUAACACUUGGAUGCUCGAUUUUUAUAUUAUUUCCGGCAGAAGGUGAUAUCAGUCCAUACAGUAGAGGGAGAGAAAGCACAGUUUGGGGUGUUUCUUUGAUGAUUGGUUAUCUUGGGUUUGAUGGCUUCACAAGUACAUUUCAGGAUAAACUUUUCAAGGGCUAUGAUAUGGAGAUACACAAUCAGAUAUUUUACACGACAUUGUGCUCUUGCAUGAUAAGUUUCACUGGUUUAAUCUUACAAGGCAAUCUUCAAAUGGCUAUAGACUUUGUUAUUCGGCAUAACGAAUGUUUCAUUGAUAUCGCAAUUCUUUCCACUGUAGCAACAAUUAGUCAAUUCUUUAUUUCCUACACCAUUCGCAACUUUGGUGCUCUGGCCUUUGCCACUAUAAUGACAACGAGACAGUUGGUAAGCAUUCUAUUGUCCUGCCUGUGGUUUUCGCACCCACUCAGCUCGGAACAAUUGAUAGGAGCUGUAAUUGUAUUUGGUUCCAUAUACUCAAAGAACUUCCUAAGACGUAAACCCAAGACACUGCCUUCACAACAGAUGGAAAUUGGGGAUUCCAGUUCACCGAGAGCUAAUAAUGCAUAA